AUCACACACACAUUCUUGCAAACUUUGGUAAGUCGGAAGUGCAAAUUUAGAACACCCUUUUCUUUCCUUAAUUUUUCUCGUACUUGUUGUUGGUCCGAAGCAGAGAGAAAUUAAGGAGAAAUUAUCACAUAUGCAAGCUCAAGAGUUAGAAGUGGUUAUGAUUAAGGGGAAGAGGAGCAAGCGGCCAAGGACGCCGUCGCCUCUUGGAAUAACCAUGGCCACUAGCUCAUCCACCACCGCCGCCGAGUAUGGGGUGGGUUUUCGUGGUGGUGUUGUAAGUGAGGUUUCGGCCGGCAGUUCUGAUUCGGUUGAGCUGGCACGAUUAUAUAGAGACGAAGAGGAAGAAGAUAUGGCCAACUGUUUGAUUCUCUUGGCCAAAGGACGAGACCAGAAGCAGGCGGCGGCAGUUAACAGGAGCCCGGCAGCGGAGGUUUAUCAGUGCAAGACGUGUAACAAAAGUUUCCAGUCAUUCCAAGCGUUGGGUGGCCAUAGAGCGAGUCACAAGAAACCCACUAAGCCAAUUAUAGCCGUAGAUGAAAAGAAGGCUUCAUCAUCAAGAGAUCAUAAGCAAGAAAGUUCUCCAUCGGACGGCGAGCAUGACGACACUACAAUUCUCUCUCUUCAAAUUCCGAGCAGAACUCCGAGCAGCCCCAACAAGAACAAGACAAGGGUUCAUGAGUGCUCAAUAUGUGGUGCUGAAUUCACCUCCGGUCAGGCCUUAGGCGGCCACAUGCGGCGGCACAGGCCGUUGCCGGCAGCGAGCAACCACGGGGAGCCUCAAGAAGCGAAGAGGCCGAGGAAUCUGUUGUCGUUAGACCUGAAUCUGCCUGCCCCGGAAGAUCAUGAUCAUCACAGAGAAUCCAAGUUCUCAUUCCGACCAACAGAACAAGUCAUAGUUUUCUCUGCUUCCCCAUUGGUUGAUUGCCAUUACUAGACAGAUAUAAAUUCAUUUAAAUUCUUUUGUGAAUUAAUAUUUAUCUGAGCAUGCAUGCAUACAGCAAGAAUUUAAUAUUUAAUUAGUUUUAGGGCCAUUGUUAAUUAGUAGCUAGGGUUUGAUUCUUUUGUAUCUCCACCAAAAUGUUAUAUA